AUGGCAGAGCAUAAACGCGCUUACGCUUAUACUUCUGCUUCUGCUUCUGCGUUCGACUUUGAGCGGUACAACGACCCUAACAACGAGAACUACAACAACGCCUUUGAAAACCAAGAGAACUACAACCACCACUACAACGAGAACAACGAGAACAACGAGGACGGAAGCGGCAACGGGAACGGGAGCGGGAACACACGGCGCGUAGACUUUACAUCUCUCAUCAGACCCAUGUCCGCGCGCAAAUCCAAAUCCCACUCCAAAUCCCAAUCCCAAUCCCAAUCCAACUCCAAGGGGGUCGGGAAGGGAAAGGGAAAGGGAAAGAAGAGCGUGCUGAGUGUUAAUAGCUCGCCUAUGAAACCGCGCAACGGCGAUGCGCGCGUGUUGGGGGUUUCGUCGGGGGGUAACGUCGAUGGUGAUUUUGAUGGUGAUGUGGACUGGGAUAUGGGAAGAGAAAGGGAAAGAGAGAGGGAGAGGGAGAGAGACGUACGAGAGAUCGACACGCACAGGAUGCAGCUUAUCAGCCCGCCGCCUGAGGAGACGCUGUCGUUUAGGAGGCAGUCUAGUGUGAGACUGAGCGGACAGUUCACACCUUCUUUACUCGCCAACGCCAAUGUCAAUGAUGAGAAUGGGUCUCCACCCCGCGGGAGCGUCGGUGCCAAUGCCAAUUCUAAUGCCAAUGCCAAUGCCACCCCUACCACUACCGCAGUCAAUGCCACCACAGCCAAGAGGAAACGCGCCACUGCAAGUGCUAAGCGGGCGAACAAGGACGCCUCCCCCGCCGCCGCCGUUGUUUCCGUCGUGGACGCCCCUCAACACGAGCAGCUGAAUGAAUUAGAACCACCGCAGGAGAUAGAGCUGGAGAUGGAGAUAGAACAGACGCCGAACCCGAAACCGCGCAAGUUGGGCCGGCAUGUUCGUGUGGAGUCUAUGGAGAUGGGGUCGCCGACGAGGCCUUCUGCCUCUUCUUCUUCGGUACCAUAUCCAUAUUUGGAUUCACAUGCUCAGCAGGAAAAUGAGCCGCCGGUGCCUUCGACGCCUACGCGCAAACGCAAUGCGCACGCGGGUGUGAAUGGGACUGGGAACGGGACUAGGAAUGGGAGCGCGAGAGCACGGCGUAUGAUGCUGCGUAGUCCACAUGCGGAUAACCCCGAUGCGGACUGGAUACCGCCUGUGUCGGUGCGCAUCCCGAUACCGAUGCUUUCGCUUGUCUCGUCUGCGGAGCGCGGGGACGGGAAUGAGAGUGGAAGUGAGGAUGAAGGAGAGGGUGGGAGUGCAAGAAACGCAGCGGCAGCGGCAGCGGCAAAGGAAAUGGCAGAGGCAAAGGAAAAGGAGGCAAAAGCGAUGAGACGCUUGUCGCGCAGGAGCCGGAGUCUGACGCCGAUCCCGCCCUACGAGCCACCUGCGGAUGUGUUCACGCCGCCUAGGGAGGUGUAUCUUACGCCUGUGCCCAAGUCCGUUACGAAGUCCAGGUCUGCUGCGAAGAAGCAGAAGCGCAGUCCGACGAACUCCAUUUCCACCGACAAUGGCAAUAAUGGUAACACCAGCAAAGCGAAGAAGGUGAAAGCGAAAUCGCAGCUGCGCAUCCAGGUGAAGCAGGAGAUCCCGGAUGAUAUCGAUUUGACCGCGCCGAUGCCACCGCCGAGUCCGUCGGAUGAUCCGCUGUUGUUGAGUGGGCCGGCGGAGCCUGAGUCUGAGCCUAAUCAGAUGGAGCAGGGAGAGAGAGAGGAGGAGAGGUGGAGGAGGCGGUCGUGGGUGGAGAGGAGGUUGUCGUUUUCGUUUCCUUCUAGUGAGGGCGGCGGUAGCGGUGGGGGGAAGAGGGAGGCGUCGGUGCAGGUUGAAGAUGCGGCGUCGACGGACCAUGUGGAGGCGGGAGUGGCGAUGGAGACGGGGAUGGAGAUGGAAACGGGGACGCUCCCGCCUUCGUCGCCUGAGCCGCUGCCGCUCGAUUCAGAGGAUAUGGACGCGGUGCGCACGUUCGACUUUGGGUUUGGGUUUGGUGCGGGGGGCGGGAGUAUGAAUACUGAGGAGGAGGAAGGGGAUAGUGUUAUGCAGCUUGACCCGCGCGACGCGGAUGUGUCGCCUGUGCGGCUUUUUGUGGACGCGGGCGGGGCGUGGAGUGAUAGCGAUGAUGAUGAGCCGGUGGCGGUUGGCGAGAAUGCGGCGGCGAAGGAGAAGGAGAAGGAGAAGGCGGAAGAAGAGGAAGGCGAAGGCGAGUACACGGGCCGCUGGCGGAUGACGACGGUGCGGACAAAGAUGGACCCGCCGAGCAGUGCGACGCGCGUUAGGAUGGAAGAAUGGGGCCGCCCGAUUAGUCCGUUUCCGAAAGGCGCUGUGCUUGAUUUGGUCGGUGAAGAAGAAGAAGAGAAGGAGGAGGAGGAGGUUAGGAGGUUGUCUGUUGAACCUGAGCUUGAACAUGUGUCUGUGGAAGAGGUCGGACAGAUGUCUGCCGACGAGGAUGAGGAAGAGGAAGAGGAGCGUCAAGUCCGCGAGAUGUCCAUGUCGUUUGACGACGAGCACGAUGAGGAAGAGGUUCCACGAGAACCAUCCCCAGCGCCGACGAUCAAAGACGCGUUUGAUUUUUCAGCUAUCGAGUCCCCGCAGCCUGCCCCGUCUAAAGCGAAUUAUUCGAUGGUGGAGUUGUCGCCUUCGGUGUUGAAGGCGCUUGUGGACGAUGAUGCGAGUAUGCGCGAUGCGUUUGUGUCUGGUCGGGAGGAUGAUGAUGAUGAGGAGGAGGAGGACGGGGAUGAACCUGGAUUUGUCAAGAUUACGAGCUCGGACCCGCGCGCUGCUGCACGCGCAGCUGCGAUUCUUAAACAGCAUGACUAUGAGUGUUACACCAAGAUCGCCAUGAAACGGCGCGCUUCCCAUUCGACACUUUCUGAUCCAGCGCGGUCCGCGAGGCGGAGGGAUAUCCUCUCCGCCGGAAUAUCCAAGUCCGCGUCCAAGUCCAAGUCUGUGCACAAGGGCAAUAGGAGGUCGAUGGGGGUGAUUGGAGACCGGGUCUUUAUCCCUGGGACACCUGUUAUGACACUGCCUGAGCUGUUGAAGGAGGCUGAGGAGGAGGUUUCGAUGGAGUUGCAGUUGCAUAAGAGCCCUGGUCCUGCGGCCAUGGAGCGUGUAUGGAGUGCGCGAGCACAGGCGCAGUCCGAGGUGUUGACGACGCCUGUGAUGAAUAGGCGCCGGUCGACGGUUGUUGAGGAUAAUCACCAGCACUACCACCACGAGGACAAAGGCGAGCGGGUGUGGGCUAAAGACGAUUGGAAACUCCUCGAUGCGUGUUUUACGGAGCAGCGGCUUGUUGUAGGCGCUGCGUUGGCUUUGCCCGGUGCGCACGAUACACUCGCUCUCGAUGCAAAUGCGCUUGAUGCAAAUGCACAUGAUACACUCGCGCACGAUGGAAAUGCGCUCGCGCCUGUGGAAAUGGUCGCGCUGGACGAUGUCGUCGACCGGGACAACCUACUCGAGAGAGCACGCGCACUGCAGCGCAAGCAGCGCGCCGGGAAGGUUGUGGCGCCUACUACCCCCCGUUCGUCGUUGUCGGUGUUUACGUUCGGCUUAUCACCUGCCUCUGCCUCGCGUGUCCCCGAAGCGUCAUCCGCCGCAUUAGCUCUUGGGGGAACCAGACGCACGCCAACGAUGGAAGUUCCGGAUUUUACACCGCUUGGUCGUAGACCUGGUCCGCCUCGUUUGGGUUUGGGAUCAAAGUUGGGGUCGUUGGGGUCGCGGUUGGGUGCGCCUGGUGGAUCCGGAGCGCCGUUUGCUUGUCUUGCGCUCGAGGCGAACGCGUUGGAAGAUGAUGGGAACGCGUUGGAGGAUGACAAGAGGGACGAGAGGAAGGAAAAGGAAAAGGAAAGGGGAAAGGAAAUUGAGAAAGAGAACAACAAGAACAAGAACAAGAAGAAACUCCCGCCGACACUAUUCGCACCGCGAUAUUCGCAUUUGUUGGAGGAGGCUGUGGCGGUUGGGAAAGAGGGCGUGUUGGUACAUCCGUUUCCUGUUGAGUUUCCGAGGAUGGGUUCGGAAGGGGAGGAGGAGGACCAGCGGGAAGAGGACAUGUCGUUCGCCUCCGAGUCGCAGACGUCGUUUAACGUUGAAGAUACGCACCUAUCCCAGAACCGGGACCAGGACGAAGACGAAAAUGAACAUGAAGAUGAACACGAAGAUGAAGCUCACAACAACAAGCCAAAUCCAACACUCACAAAGCGCGUAACAGGAUUCCUGUUCUCGUACCUCCCCACUCUCUCCUCCACCUCCACCUCUUCAUCAUCAUCGUUAAAGACGAAAUCCAUACCACCGCGCCCACUGCGAAAUCAUCAUCUAGGCCAAGCGCUCCCGAUGCCCCCGCCCGAGGUGCUGAAGAAGACAAGGAUGAGAGGGCCGGUUGUUACGCCUGCUAGACGACCGAUGGAGAGGGUGAGGCCGCCUAGGGAGCUUGUUAGGUUACACCCCCCUCCCCCUCCCGCUCGUCCUUCCUCUUCUUCUUCCGCUGCUGCUUCUUCUUCCGCUGGUGGACGGGGACAAGGGAAGAGGCUUGUUGAGCUGCAUCACCGCGAACUUCCCGAGAACGACAAGGAGCGGGAGAGGGAGAAGGGGAAGGGGGUGGUCCCGAGACCGAGGAGGAGCAGUGGGAGUAGUGUUAAGGAUUUGGUUUUGGGAUUUGAGACUUUGAGGAGGGCGGAGGAGGAGGCGGCGGGGGUGGGUGGGCGGGCGGGUGCGGGGGUUGGGGGGAGUAAGAUGGGACAUGGGGGCAAGGGGAAGGGAGGGAAGGGGGUGGAUGUGGUUGUUAGACCUCGGUGGAGGUUGUAA